AUUUUAUUUGUGAGAUCUCUCUAUAAAGAAAAGCCCCUCGUAGCCUCAGAUAGGAAAAAAGGAGAUAAAACCAAGCCCAAGCAGACAAAAAGAAAGCGAUAAGAAGCAGAAUAGUGAAGAAGAAGGAGGAAGAAGAAACAUAUAUGGCUUCUAGGGGACGAAAGAAGGCUUCUCUGCAACACAAGUUACAGCAGCUUCGAGAUGUCACAAAUUCUAGUGCUGUGAAUAAAGCCUCAAUUAUUGUGGAUGCAUCCAAAUACAUAGAAGAGUUGAAGCAAAAAGUGGAGGGACUCAACGCAGAACUGGGAAGCAGCGGUACUACUAAUGAAGAAUCUUCAUCCUCCUCCCAAAAUCAAUUACCUAAGGUGACAGUGGAAACCCUAGAGAGGGGUUUUCUGAUAAAUGUGUUUUCUGAAAGGAAUUGCCCUGGAAUGCUCGUCUCAAUACUCGAAGCCUUUGAAGUGCUUGGACUUGAAGUGCUUGAUGCUAGGGUUUCUUGUGAAGAUGCCUUUCAGCUAGAAGCUGUGGGAGGAGAAAGUCAAGAGAUCGAUGAGAACAUCGAUGCACAAGUGGUGAGGCAGGCGGUGCUUCAAGCAAUAAAGGACAUGGAGUGAUCAAAUUGCGCAUUGUUGAGAGGAAGAAAUCAAAUGAAGAACUGUUCCUGUGUUGUUUUCAAGCGUAAAAGUUCGUCUUCAUAAGGAAAAAUGUGUACAAGUUCAUAUAAGUGAGCCAAUUGACAAGUGAUAUAUAUAAUCUGCAAAAGCCUAAAGUGUUUCUUCAAUAAAUUGUUCUUAAAUAAUCCUUAUAAUGUACUACAUCCAGGUAUUAAUGUAUAAGAGUUAGUUGAAAAUUUAA